ACUAUAUAUAGACGUAUGUAUGCGGCCUGCUUAAUUAUUUAGUCAACAGCGAUAGAAAACGACAAUGGAACUAAAGCCCGGCCUCUCAGCCAUCGUCACCGGCGGAGCCGCCGGCAUCGGCCGAGCACUGGUGCUAGCUCUCGCGCACAAAGGAAUUUUCAUCACAAUCAUUGAUUUCUCUCAAGACAAAGGGAUACAGGCUGCAUCACUGGCUGAGGUACAACUUCGCAAGUUUCACACCGACCUCAAAUUUCCUCCGGUGCUGUUCUCCAGAUGCGACGUCUCCAACUCAAAUGAACUCGCGGCGGCUUUCCGCAAGCACGUGGACACUUACGGCGGAUUAGAUAUCUGUAUCAACUGUGCUGGAAUCGCGACUCCGAUUUCCUUCUACGAGGAUCAGACCGACGGCUUUAAUUCAUGGAGGCGUGCGGUUGAUAUCAAUUUUGUUGCAGUGAUUGAAUCCACGCGCCUAGCGAUUCGAUCAAUGAAAGAAGUAAAGAAACCUGGUGUCAUCGUUAAUGUUGGCUCAGCUUCAGGUUUAUACCCAAUGUAUGCUGAUCCUAUUUACUCUGGCGCGAAAGGGGGGGUGGUUCUAUUCACCAGAUCGCUGGCUCUUUACAAGCGUCAAGGAAUCCGUGUUAAUGUUCUUUGCCCUGAGUUUGUUCAAACCGAGUUGGCUGCUAAGAUGGACCCUAAGUUCAUUGAUAUGGUUGGCGGCUUCAUGAGUAUGGAGGUGGUUGUUAAAGGAGCCUUUGACCUUAUUAUCGAUGAAAGUAAAGCUGGGGCUUGCUUGUGGAUAUCCAAUAAAAGGGGCUUUGAGUACUGGCCAACUCCCGCAGAAGAAGAGAAAUAUCGAGUUCGUCCUAAGGCUUCAAGGAAAAAGUCUGCAGAUGUUUUGCCAGUGAAUGUUCAAAUCCCUCAAAGUUUUGAUAAGAUAGUUGUACACACUCUAAGUCACAAUUUCCAAAGUGCAACAAGAGUAGUACGGGCAUCCUUGAGAUUGCCGCUUAAACCUGAUUAUGUUCUUAUGAAGAUUAUAUAUGCUGGGGUCAAUGCUAGUGAUGUGAAUUUUAGCUCAGGAAGAUACUUUAGUGGGAGCAGUAAAGACACUGCUUCUUUGCUUCCCUUUGAUGCUGGCUUUGAGGCUGUGGGUAUAAUUGCUGCUAUUGGAGAUUCAGUUAAGCACUUAAAGGUUGGGACUCCAGCUGCAAUUAUGACAUAUGGCAGUUAUGCUGAAUUCACUGCGGUUCCUUCAAAGCACAUCCUUCCUGUGGCAAGACCAGAUCCAGAAGUUGUUGCUAUGCUCACAUCUGGGCUAACAGCCUCGAUAGCUUUAGAAAAGGCAGCUCAAAUGGACUCGGGGAAAACAGUUCUAAUCACUGCUGCUGCAGGAGGGACUGGGCAAUUUGCUGUCCAGCUGGCAAAAUUAGCUGGAAAUAAGGUUAUUGCAACCUGUGGAGGAAAAGAUAAGGCCAGGCUUCUGAAGGAUUUGGGAGUGGAUAGAGUCAUCGACUACAAAGCUGAGAAUAUCAAGACUGUUCUGAAAGAUGAGUUCCCUAAAGGUGUUGAUAUAAUAUAUGAGUCUGUUGGUGGUGAAAUGUUUGAUCUAUGCCUGAACGCUUUGGCAACCUAUGGGCGCCUAAUUGUGAUUGGGAUGAUUUCUCAGUAUCAAGGGGAAGAUGGGUGGAAGCCACGGAAUUAUACUGGAUUGUGCGAAAAGAUUCUAGCGAAGAGCCAGACUGUGGCUGGUUUCUUUCUAGUACAAUAUGCCCAGUUUUGGCAAGAACAUCUGGAUAAGCUAAUGGAUCUCUACACCUCUAGGAAGCUUAAGGUCAUUGUCGACCCCAAAACAUUCUCGGGAGUCCAUUCAGUUGCUGAUGCAGUUAACUAUCUUCAUUCUGGUAAAAGUGUCGGCAAGGUUGUUGUAUGUAUGGAUCCAACUUUCAACAAUCGCCUUGCAAAAUUAUGAGUGGACAGUGGCCAAGUAUACAUUCCUGCAACUCAUUUGCAAGGAUCAAUAAUAAGCUUCUACAGUUACAGUCUAGGAGAUUGAUAGAAUACGGUGAUUAUCAGUUGUAAUAACCAGUUAAACCAUAUUUAAGGUUUGUAUUGUCCACACACUUCAGAACUCUAUGUAAUAUUAUUUUGUGGCAUUGGAUUUUGGUCGUGCCUUUUAUGUGAA